AUGCGUGAUAAUUCUGAGGAAGAACAGGUAUUAGCACAGUCGCAACUGAGAUUUGACGGUUCAUUCGUCCUGUUGAUAACCCAUUUAGGACGCAGAGAGGCUCCCGUCAUUUUGCUUCCAGAUACUUCCUUGCUCGUGGAUGUCAUGCAGAAGAUGGCGAACACUUUCGAUUCUCCGUCGUCUCGCUAUUCACAACAGCAGCAGCCGCAAACACAGAAUAAUUGGCCUGACGCAUAUCGCAACAAUGAAUAUCAAUACAAUCAAGUCAGGCAAGCCUCGCCUUACGCUCAGCAAGUAGCAAAUUUGCAGAACAACGAAAAGCUCGUGCCACGACAAGUGCAUUACAUGGCAGAACAACCGUUUGGUUCCGUGUUGGCAUCCAUCCCAAAAGCUGAACUCAUCGGGGUUCAUCACGUCCCAGGUUAUGCGAGAAGUUUCAGCAAUUCUCAAUUUGCGUGGCAUGAUGUGAAGCCAAGCAAGCGAGCGAACCCAGAGCCUAGACAAAUCAAAAGUAUCGUCACGAACCGGCCAGAUGAGUUGCGAAUGCUUCAAAAAGGCGCAGCAAGUGUUGCUCCAUCUUAUAACGCUCUUCCUGCCAAUUGGCAAGAUUCGCAUCUGAUGAACAAUAACAAUCCUCAUCCAGCAAUAAACGUGAAUUCGUCGAUUGACCUGGCAAUCCCGAGCCAAAAUGCUUUAAUGGAAGAGAUCUUACGCAACGUGGUUCAAGGGCCACAAAAUCAGCCUUCUAAUUCAAACGUCACAGAGAUGUCACCCGAAAACCCAUCAGGCUUCAAACAGCCUCAAUGGAGCCACGUGAAGCAGCUUCUAACCCCAAAUCAUAUCCUUGAUCAAGCCAAGGGGUCAUACGCAACUUUCGACGAAACGCAGUCAGAUAAAUCCAGUCGCGAGGCUUAUACUCACGCGGAAGAAAACCCACCGGAAAGCAAACGAUUAUUCGCAGCGGUCCCACCGGGUCAUCACACGAACAACGUUUCAUCACAGCAAAGCACCGGAAAUUCAACAAAUGUCCCGCCCUUAUCCUCUUCCUCGCUCUCUGGAAAACGAGUUCGCGGAGCAGUGGAAGUUGAAAUAAAGCAAUUUCCUUUCCACGCCCUUCUGAAAAAAGAAGAUCUUUAUAUUUGCGGAGGAGUCAUCAUCAGUGCUACCUGGAUUCUGACCGCAGGGCAGUGCGUAAAUAUGAACGAUCCUUGGAACCUUGAGGUCGUGGUGGGGGAAAUAUUCGGUACAACCGCUGGACCCAGAGCCGACCAAUAUUACCGAGUCAUGGGCGUCGUCCUGCAUAAGAAUCAUUCCUCGCGGUCAACGCAUUACGACAUUGCCUUACUGGAAACGGACAGAAGUAUAACUUUCGGCGAAAAAGUUAAUCCAAUUUCGCUACCACGGAUUCCAUAUUCGAACCCAAAAGAUGAUGACAUUCUCAUUGUAAGCGGCUAUGGGACUCUCAGCGAAGGCAUUAUGCCUCAAAGUAUUCUGAAGGCUUCGAAAUUGAACUAUGUUGAUGACGCACAGUGCCGAAAAUACUUCCCAAAACUGCUGGACUCCCAACUUUGCGCUAUUUGUCACCGGAUCGACGGCGAACGCUGCGGCUGUCAGGGAGACAUCGGUGGUCCUUUAACCAACGUGGACGGGGAGCUGAUCGGCAUCACGUCGAGUGGACUCGGAUGCUUGUCCAAACACAAGCCCGGGACUUACACACAAGUCUCCCACUUCCUCGAAUGGAUGGCAGCCAACAUUGGUCGACAUUCUUUGCCUUGGCGGAUGCGCUAGAAAAAAAUUCAACAUUACCACCCACAGCGAUUCAUUUGUACAAACACUUGUUUCCACACGCGAAGAUGCAAAUGAAAACCCGGGUUUCAACCUCUCAUCUGCACGUGUCAGAUUCAUUUGUUCAGCAGAAAGACGAAGUCCUUCGAGAAGUUCUUUUGUUUAGAUGUGAGGUGGAAGUCGACGACAUCGCCACAGCAUUCAUUUGCGGUUCGAAUCUACAAACGCGACGGUUAGAAUUGAGAAGGCCAAACUUUCGCUGCACCAGUGGCCUUACGGAAUGAAGUUGGGGGUUAUUAUUAUCCUAGCACCCCUCUUCAUCACAACAGCUUCUUUCGCUUGGAAUGGGGUGCCCGACAUAGAAAUGGAGGAAGGCUCGAAAAAGAAGCAAUCAUUUCGCAGACGAUCUAUCAGUCAUAGCCAUCAGGCACCACCCGAGAACAAAAAAGUGGAGGAAGCUCAGACGAACGAUCACGGUUGGCUAAAGGAGCUGAAAGAAUUCAUGCUCCACAAUAUGGGCGAAAACUCAGCGCCAACAAAAAUUGAAACGGCCAAAACCAACGAAAACUUCAACGUACACAGCAUCAGGUCAGCAUUAGGCAAUGAUGGGAUUAACAAUCUGGCCCAAAUGUUUCCUAUGGACAUAAAUGUGCCGACCGAAUCACUGACAGCAGAAGACACCAAGGAGGUAGGACAAAGAAUGAAAGGAAUCCUCCAAUCACUCAACGGGAUACUCCAACAAGGCCACAUGUUGGAUUUCGAUGCCAACAUCGAUCAAGUGGACUCGAAAAAGUCUGACGCAUCCAAAACCGUGAAUAAUGAAACUUCCUUCUUGUCUCUUGACGGCGCUUUCGUCUGGCCAGAGGACCUAGCGGAAAUAGAAUCCCAAGUCAACACAGGAAACGUGGAUACAAGCGUAAAUCUGACACGAUUCCCCUUUCACGCCAUGCUCAAACAUACGGAUUUCUACAUUUGCGGAGGAGUCAUCUUGGGUGAAAACUGGAUCAUCACAGCAGGACAAUGCGUCAGCAAUCAUGAUCCAUGGCUUCUUGAGGCGGCAGUUGGAGACGUUUUCGGACCGACCAGGCAGCUUCUCAAAAUCAAAAGUGUAUAUCUUCACAAAAAUUUCACGUCGCAUCCAGAAAUCUACGAUUUUGCCUUGAUACGAACGCAAAAGGCUAUCAAAUUCGGGCCAAACGUGUCCCCAGCUAAGCUUGUGACAAAGCCUUCUGAAAUUACAGAUAAAAUGAAAGUGAUGGUAAGCGGUUAUGGAACACUUACCGAAGGAACAAAGCCGAAGAGCGGAUUGAGAGCCACGGCUUUAACAAUAGUCGGCAGCGAGGCUUGCAAACAAUUCUAUCCUUCUCUGAACGAUUCACAAGUUUGCGCCGUGUGUGAUUCCCAAGCUGACGAAUGUGCCUGCCAGGCCGAUGUCGGAGGUCCUUUAACGACGAUGGAUGGGCGCUUGAUCGCCAUCACGCUGAAUAACAUCGGAUGCACUUCGGCAGCUCCAGGACUGUACGCAAGAAUAUCUUUCUUCGUUCAAUGGAUCACAAGUGUUCUCGGUCAAUCCCGGGCCUCCACGUCCAAGAAAGCUCCUUACUCGUUCACGUGAAUCCUGCAGGACACUCAGCAUUUUUUUUCUGGCCUAUAUGCUAAAAAUCUCCUUACAGUUCUUGUUACGUUGAAUGCAGAAAGGUGACUAGAAAAGAGACAGUUCAAGAAUACAUUUCAGGGUGAAAUAAAGGGAAGGAACGAUGCAUGUAAA